GGGGGGGGGUGAGACUGAGGGGUCAUGUUAUAGAGCCUGGAGCGCUUGCAGGGAUCUCUCCCACUCCUCUGCUCAGGAUACAAAGCAGCUCCCAGACACAAGCCCCUACAGCUGCACCAAUCCUGCUGCUCCUCAGGGGUAACUCCAGGACUCCCACAUUUCUCAACCAAGAAGCCCCCACGUGAACUCAACUUUCUCAGGGGGUGCCAGAUGCAGUACAGCACUGCUAGGAUACAAUAUUCCUUCUAUAUUCCUGAUCAUCUGGCUGUAUUCCUGAUCCUCUGGGUGUAUUCCUGAUCUUCCUGAUCCUCUGGGUGUAUUCCUGAUCCUCUGGGUGUAUUCCUGAUCUUCCUGAUCAUCUGGGUGUAUUCCUGAUCUUCCUGAUCAUCUGGGUGUAUUCCUGAUCCUCUGGGUGUAUUCCUGAUCUUCCUGAUCCUCUGGGUGUAUUCCUGAUCCUCUGGGUGUAUUCCUGAUCAUCUGGGUGUAUUCCUGAUCCUCUGGGUGUAUUCCUGAUUUUCCUGAUCAUCUGGGUGUAUUCCUGAUCCUCUGGGUUUAUUCCUGAUCAUCUGGGUGUAUUCCUGAUCAUCUGGGGGUAUUUCUGAUCCUCUGGGUUUAUUCCUGAUCAUCUGGGUGUAUUCCUGAUCAUCUGGGGGUAUUCCUGAUCCUCUGGGUUUAUUCCUGAUCAUCUGGGUGUAUUCCUGAUCAUUUGGGCAUAUUCCUGAUCACUUGGGUGUAAUCCUGAUCAACUGAGUGUAUUCCUGAUCCUCUGGGUGUGUUUCUGAUCAUUUGUGUGUAUUCCUGAUCAUCUGGGUGUAUUUCUGAUCCUCUGGGUGUAUUCCUGAUCUUCCUGAUCAUCUGGGUGUAUCAUCUGGGUGUAUUCCUGAUCAAUCAUCUGGGUGUAUUCCUGAUCAUCUGGGUGUGCACCAGGAGCCUGGAUUCUGGGGGACCUAUCACCCCAUGACUGGGUCAUAGAGGAACCCCUAAAAGUUGCUGCUUUAAUGGUGCCAAGAACCAGACUCAGCAGGGCACCCUCUGGAUGGUAUUUGCAGUGACUUGCCCCCCUGCAGCUGAUUAAUAGGUCACAUGUGGAACUCAUCUGAGCAGGGCUGGGGUGGAACCUGAACAAAAGCGAGGAUGUUCCCCUCAAUAGACUGACUUCAAAGACAACAGGCAGGACGAGCUAUUGCUGAGCUGGGCAAGGUAUCGUAAGGUUAUUUGUCAGUGGAGAUAAUGUGAAGUCCAACAGAGGGUUGUGCCUGGCGUUGCUGAGCUUUCCCACACCUGAGAGGGUGACCCCAUGAGUCCAACCCUAACUGAAACUGCCCAUGCUGGGCUCCGGAGGAUGGGGAGCACUGGCUCCACUUGUGGCACAUCCAGUUCUUUGGUAAAAGUCUGCACUGAUCACAAGGGAGGAAUUAAUUGGGUGAGUCUGAGCCCGGACGGGUGCCACCUGCUGACUGCCAGCGAGGACUGUACUGGCCGACUCUGGAGGACAUCAGACAACCAGUGCUGCAAGGUGCUGUGUGGGCACGGGAGUUACAUUACUUUCUGUCACCUGGAGAACGAGGCGGCUUUCACAUGCAGUGCCGACCAAACCGUGAGAAAGUGGGAGGUGUCCACAGGCGAGUGUCUGAUGGUUUAUACGGGACACACCUCUAUUGUGAACAGGAUUCUGGUGUCCAAGGGCUACAUCUUCAGUGGAUCGUACGACAGAACCGCUCGCAGCUGGAAUGUAGACACUGGCCAAAGCCUUCAGGAGUUUCAGGGUCAUCGGAACUGCGUCCUGACUCUGUCUCACUUCUCCUCCUACGAUGUACUGGAAGCCUUAGACAUGGAAGAGAAAGAGGUGAAAGAAUUCCUUGUGACUGGAAGCACAGACUGUACCAUUAAAAUAUGGGAGGUGUCCAGUGGGUGCUGCUAUCAGACACUGAGGGGCCACGUGGGGGCCAUUCUGUGUGUCGUCUUGGAUACGUCCAAUGGGGAGCUGUAUUCUGGCAGCAUGGACUGCACCAUCCGUCGGUGGAAUAUGGUCACUGGGGACCAACUCACUGUAUUCAGGCACCAUCAAGGCUCCAUCAUCUGCUUAGAGAUAGUGGGCCGCCAUUUGUAUUCAGGGAGCGUGGACAGAACAGUGAAAUGCUGGUUAACGGAUACCGGGGACUGUGUCAGAACCUACAAGACGCACAAACACAGCGUUAGCACACUGAAAUAUCACGCUGGAAUCUUGUUUACGGGAAGUGGUGAUGCCUGCGCCAGAGCCUUUAAUACAAAAUCUGGAACCCUGCAACGAGUUUUUCAAGGCCACUCAUUUAUCAUCAACUGCAUUCAGAUCCAUGACAAUUUUUUGUACACGGCCUCUCAUGACGGUGCCCUCCGAGUGUGGGACAUCAAAGAUCUUUGCCAGCAGAACAAGCCACCCAUUAAGAAGGAGAGGUCCUUGAAGAGCAAGACUUCUCAUAAGGGAAGCCUCUCUCACAUCUUCAAUAAUAAAGUUGGCUGCUCGCUAGAAGUCAGUGGGCAGAGCGAUCCUGCAGAACUUGUCUAAAUUCACUUCUAACCUGGGACAUCUCCUGACAUGGACAUCUGGAAUAAACUAUGAACUAAGGCUUUACCCAUAAGGAAAGGUUUAGCUGAACAGUUAUGACAUCCAUGUUUUGCCAGAAGUGGAGCUGCUCUCUUGAACUUUGACUCAUUAUUGUAUCUAACGGACACCCUAGUAGACUUAUGAUAACAAGAUAUCUUAUGGAUCUACUGCCAAGGCCUAACUGGUGUAUGGUGGGAACAUCUAAUAAACUGUCAGUGUGCUAAA